GGAGCUCUUCGCGUGGAAAGGCGAGAAAGGAGGAAAUAAGAAAGGAGGUUUUUCUGAAGGACCGGAAGCUGCAGAGUCGAGACUGUUGAGCCGUUUCACGCGUCGACGCCGCCGCCGCCGCCGCCUCGCCGCGCGCGGCCAUGGCUUCAUCCACGGAUGAAGAAUUUAAAGAGAAGCUAUUAUGGAACGUGAAGCGGGAGGUGAAACAGAUUAUGGAGGAAGCUGUGACUAAGAAAUUUGUCCAUGAAGACAGCAGCCACAUCAUCGCCCUGUGUAGUGCUGUUGAGGCGUGUCUGGGCCACAUGCUGAAGAGACGGGCAGCAGGCUUCCUGCGCAGCGACAAGAUAGCCGCCCUCUUCACCAAGAUCGGCAAGGUCAGCGACACAGUGGGGGAGGUGUGCCAGAAGGUGCAGGAGCAGCUUCAGCAGCAGGCUGAGAUCACCAAGAGAACCCAGAGCGUUGGUCAAGAACCCUUAAGGAGGCAGGGGUCCUUGUCAUCACCCCGCAACCCCCAGCCACUUUCUGCCCAGGCCAUCAAGCACAUUUGGGUCCGGACUGCCCUCUUUGAGAAAGUUUUAGACAAAAUAGUGCAGUACAUUGUGGACAACUCCAGUAAGUACUAUGAGAGGGAAGCACUGAUGCAUGAUCCUGUUUUUGGGCCCAUCUUAGCCGCUCUACUGGUGGGACCUUGUGCUCUGGAGUACACCAAGCUGAAGACAUCUGACCACUUUUGGACGGACCCUUCAGCUAAUGAGCUUGUUCAACGCCACCGUAUCCAUGGGGCCCACCGGGGCCUGGAUGCCUCCCCAAGCCGCAGGCCCGCUCUGGGGAUCCGCAAGAGGCAGUCUAGUGGUAGUAUGUCGGAUGACAAGUUUGCUGCAUCGGCGAGGGAGUAUGUGGAGUCGCUCCACCAGAACUCUCGCACACACCUGCUCUACGGCAAAAACAACGUGUUGGUUCAACCGAAGAAAGAUAUGGAGGUGCUGCGGGGCUACCUGUCGCUCCACCAAGCUGGGGAAAACCUCACCCUCAAAUGGACGCCCAACCAGCUCAUCAACGGCACACUGGGAGACUGUGACCUGGAAAAGAGUAUAUACUGGGACUAUGCAUUGACUGUGCCUUUGCGUCAGAUAGUCUGCCUGCACUGUCACCAGAGACCGGACUGUGGCGGUACGUUGGUGCUUGUCAGUCAGGACGGGAUCCAGCGACCGCCCCUCCACUUUCCGCUUGGAGGUCACCUGCUGGCCUUCCUCUCCUGUCUGGAGACAGGUCUCCUGCCCCGGGGUCAGCUGGAGCCUCCACUCUGGUCCCAGAGAGGCAAGGGAAAAGUUUUCCCUAAACUGAGGAAGAGGAACAGUGCAGCCAGACUGUUAGAGCAGGACAGGAAUGGGGAGGAGCAGACCACUGCUGACUACGUGUUUCGCAUAGUGUACCCUGGAUACCGACAUGAAUCGAUCACUAUAAACUACCACCACAGCACGGGCAGCCGCGCGCCUUCGCUGGACGAUGACGAGGAAGAAGAAGAUAGGCUCCACGCUAUGAUCUCAAUGAUCUGCUCGCGGAACCUCACAGACCCUAAUGUCAUGAAAGACCAUGGGGAGAUGAUGGAGAUGCAGGGAUUUGGAAGCAGUCCGUCGUCAUGGCAACAAGCCGAAUUACCGGGUCAUGUGUCAUCGUGCCUGUCCUGCUCCACUGGGGGUAGCAACGUGUCUUUCGACUACACAGCCGGCUGCACCUGCAUUCACGAUGCAUCAGAUAUACACACUAUCCCUCUUAAGAUGCUCUGCCAGAACAUGAAGAGGCAGAUAGUUUCCAGAGCCUUUUAUGGAUGGCUGGCCUACUGUCGACAUUUGUCCACUGUCCGAACACACCUAUCGGCGCUGGUCAACCACAGCAUUGUGCCACCAGACAAACCCUGUGAGGCAUCGGGGGGCCUGAGCAAAGAAGUGUGGAGCAAGUACCAGAAAGACUGCAAGAACUACAAAGAGCUGGAGCUCUUGCGGCUGGUGUACUACGGGGGUGUGCAACAUGAGAUCCGGAAGGAGGUCUGGCCUUUCCUACUGGGCCACUACAAGUUUGGCAUGGGCAAGAAGGACAUGAGCCAGAUCGACGAGAAGGUCAGCGAGCGCUACCAGCAGGUGAUGAGGGAGUGGAAGGCGUGCGAAGUGAUCGUGAAGCAGAGGGAGAAGGAGACGCAGCUGGCCAUCUUCACAAAGCUGUCCUCGGGCAGCAGCAUCGACAGCCACGUCCUGCGCCUCAUCCACCGAGAUUCAACACUCAGCAACGAGGUGUUCAUGUCGGUGGACGAGCCCGAUGCAGACGGCCAGGACACCCCAAGCGCAGACAACGGCACCCCCACCAUGACCACCGUGGGCCCUCCUGCUGCCCUGGCCCCAGAAGAGCGCCCUCUCGUGGAAUUCGAUUCCCCCGACUCGGGCCUGCCUUCCUCCAGAAACUACUCGGUGGCCUCCGGUCACUCACAGAUCCUCUCCAGCAUAGACGAUGGACAGAGCACGGAGGAGGAAGGCAUGGGAGAACAGGGUGUGCUGGGGGAGCGGAGGCGUCAGGACUCCCUGAGUGAGGAGAGGCUGUGCAGUCAGCUGGACAAGCUAGAAACCAGUGAAGGAGCAGCAGAUGGGGUCCCUCCUUCACUUUCCUCCUACACUAUUGAGCUGUUGGACACGGUUGCUCUUAACCUACACCGGAUCGACAAGGACGUCCAACGCUGCGACCGUAACUACUACUACUUCACCACAGCCAACUUGGAGAGACUGCGCAAUAUCAUGUGCAGCUACGUAUGGGAGCACUUGGAGAUAGGCUAUGUCCAGGGCAUGUGUGACCUGCUGGCGCCUCUCAUGGUCAUCUUGGAUGAUGAGUGCCUUGCAUACAGCUGUUUCACUCAUCUAAUGAAGAGGAUGAGUCAGAACUUCCCUAAUGGCGGAGCCAUGGAUACACACUUUGCCAACAUGAGGUCCCUCAUUCAGGUCCUGGACUCUGAGCUCUUUGAGCUGAUGCACCAGAACGGCGACUACACUCACUUCUACUUCUGCUACCGCUGGUUCCUGCUGGACUUCAAGAGAGAGCUGCUGUACGAGGAUGUAUUUGCAGUGUGGGAGGUGAUUUGGGUGGCUCCAAGGAUUUCCUCCAAGCACUUUGUCCUGUUCCUGGCUUUAGCCCUGGUCACCGUUUACCGGGAGAUCAUCAGAGACAAUAACAUGGAUUUCACUGACAUCAUCAAGUUCUUUAACGAGAUGGCCGAACGUCAUGACGUGCAGCACAUCCUGCAGAUAGCACGAGAGCUGGUGCACAAGGUCCAGUCUCUGAUGGAUAACAAGUGACCGUAGAAGGAGCAGACGAAUGGGAGGCAUUCUCCUCUUCAACCCUGCCUGCACGUGCCCUCUUCGCAUCCCUAAUACCUCUCUGCUCUUCAUCAUCAGUACCGGAGAGUGGGAAAGGUGGGGAUCAAGCCCUCUGUCUUGCCAGGGCGGGGCGGGGGGCACCCGGGUCAGGAGCUCGGUGUGAAUCUAAGGCCAAGCCUUGAUUGUUUACAUUAACCUUAUCACUAAAUGCCAGUGGUGUCAGUUAAGACAUGUGGAGUCGUCUGCAUGCUUGAGAGUUUAAUCACACUGUGACUGCAUUCUUCAGUCUCCCUACGCUCCACAGAGCUUGAGUGUGCAUGAACCCACCCUACUUAAAUGUGCACAAUACACACACACACACACACACACACACACACACACACACACACACUCCAUCCAAACACUGUCUCCAUGAGUAGUAUUAUUUUAGGAGUCUUGCUUUAAUUUCUGUGUUGGAAAAAGGCGUCUUUGCCUCCUUGCUGUGUCGUGGGAGACCACUAGAGUGUGCUACUUACACACCUUCAAAGGAGAAGAAGACUUAGCCACGAAGAAGCUUUUCAUUUGUGACCAAAUGGACUGUGCCAACUACCUUUUCAUACCUACCUUCACAUUUUUGGACAACAUGCAUGUGUUUUCCUCCUUAGCGCCCUCCACAGGUUGUUGUUUUAAUGACUCGUUAUCACACAAAUGUUGCCUUUUAUCAGUAAUAGCCCUAUGUACUUUGUUGCACUUUUGGUGAGGGUGUCCUUCAUGGUGCCUGUGAUGCUCUGGCCAGUGUCCACAGUGACACAACAGGUGGAGGUGCCACAAGAGACCAAACUAUUGAAAUACAGUUUUAAUUGCAACCAACUUUUGCAGCCUGAUUGAUGAAGGUUUAUGGUCCAGUUAACGUUGUGAGCUUUUCAGUGAGGAACUGUCGAGCACGUUUGA